AUGUCUACCACAACAACUGCCACAACAGAGGAGUCAGCUGGAACGCAGUUUCGCGAAACCCUGAAGGCCUCAGCAGCGCCACCUAGUGUCGAAGCUACACAGGGGGUGCACAACCUCUCGAUGGGCGGCUUGGAGUACAAGAACAAAAGACCGACCUUUAGCAGUAAGUUGGAGGAACGCCAACACGUCCUGAAACACAUGGCCUGUGCGUUUCGGGUGUUCGGCAGGAAGGGAUACAACGAAGGAACAGCGGGCCACAUGUCAGUGCGCGAUCCUGUGGACCCUAGUACCUUUUGGAUCAACCCGCUCGGCCAGCACUUCUCGCUCAUGCGGGUAUCAGACCUGGUGCACGUUGAUAGUAACGGCAAUGUUUUGCCAGAUGGCAACCAAGCUGUUAUCAAUAAAGCGGGUUUCAAGAUCCACUCGCACCUUCAUAAGGCUAGGCCAAACGUCAACGCUGCUUGUCACACGCACAGUGAGUACGGUAGGGCUUGGUCUGCGUUCGGGCGGGAAAUUGAGAUGCUGAACCAGGACUCUUGCAUGUUCUACAAAAAGCACACAGUGUAUCGCAACUUCGGAGGUGUGGUCCUCGAAGACGAGGAGGGAGAGCGUCUUGCACAGGCCCUGGGGGACAAUAAAGCGAUUAUUUUACAAAAUCACGGUCUUCUAACGGUGGGAGAGACCGUCGACGAGGCAGCAUACCUUUUUACACUGUUGGAACGCACUUGCAAGGUUCAGCUUCAGGUUGAGAUGGCAUCCAGGGGCGGGCUUGAAAGAAAUAUAAUUGGCGAUGAGGAGGCUUACUACACUUACUUCAACACAUCCGAUCCAGAAACACUGUACACAGAAUUCCAGCCCGAAUACGACCUGGAGCGUGAGCUCACUAACGCCGCUUUUGAAAAGUAG